CACCGCUGAUGCUGUCGUCAGUACGGGCGACUCCAGCUACACUUGUGAAAAUAGAAAAUAUUUAUAUAAUUACAUAGCCUAUGGAUGAUUUACUGGGGCAUAUUUUUAUUUUUACCAUGGUGGUCGAGAUUCGCUGAGCACCGUUGCUUUCUUUGUCCAGUCGCCUGCAUCGGCACGGGAGAGGGGUGCCAGCGAUAUUGAUUUAAUGGUCAUCGACAUCUUAGCAGGUUCUUUAUUUAAUUUCAACGGGAAGCAAUGACUGUCCUGCCCUGGAUGAUUUUAACAUGGACUAAUUGUCUAUUAAAUUAAUUUACGUAUGGUUCCGAAUUUUGGAGACGGAUUUUAUUGUAGAACGACGACCGACUGAGAGCUAUCGGCGGACCGAGGUUAUCCGGGCGAAACGGACGGAGACCGAUCGCUGUGGUGUUGCAAAUGCCACGGAGCGGACAGUGAAAGAACACACACUGUGCUACGGGAAAAAAUGCCAUAUUUCAUAUAUUUUAUAUUAUAUGCAUCUAUAUGUUUUUCUUAGUUACCGCUUGCGUGUGUCCCCGUGCCAGUAGCCUAUAGGAAAGAGCGCGCGGAUUUUACAGUGGUUGUAAUUCUGAGAAAUGUGCAGAUUAUAGAGAUUUAUUUAUUUAUUUGACUUGGAAUCCAUUUCGCGUUCGUGUAACCGAGGCUGAGUGCUUUGCUAAGACGAAGGGGGGAACCCCACGCGCGGAUGUAGGCUCGGCGCGCGGCUACAUAAGGGCCGGAUAAAAGAGAGAGCUGGUCUUAUGUCCGGGAGUCCACUCAGCUGUAAAACCGCUGCGGGGUCGAGAGAGAGACCGCGGAAAACGGAACAAUCUGUGGGCCUACACCCGAGCCUUCAUGCCCUGCACAAGACGGAUGAUCUGCUUAUUUAUAUUUAUGGCGGACGGUUUAUUGCACGUCUAGCUCGAGCACAGCCUGGGGUAUUGGACCAAAAACUGUGAUUUGGAGGUGCUGAGCGUAUAGGCAACAACCUUUCAUAACGGUCGGUUGUUACCGCGGUAAUAAAGACGAAAAUGGGCAGCGACUGUGAGAUUUACAAGCGAGAGCUGUCGAAAAUGUCCGACAAGGACCUGCUGGCCUUCUCCAAAGAGGAGCUGGUGGCCCGGCUGCACAAAGAAGAGACCGACAAAAUGUCCGCUCUGAUACAGCGCGGACGGCUGAUGAAAGAAGUCAACAAGCAGCUGCAGGAGCACCUGCUCGAGAUCCGGGAGCUGAAAGCCGUGAACCAGCAGCUGCAGGAGGAGAACCAGGAGCUGCGCGACUUGUGCUGCUUUCUGGACGACGACCGGCUGAAGGUGAAGGUGCUGUCGCGCGAGUGGCAGCUCUUCGGCCGCCACGCCGCCAAGGUGAUGCGCGAGGACCUCGGUGGCUACCUGAAGAAGCUGACCGAGUUGGAGCAGCUGCAGGGCGCCCUGGCGAAGGACAACCUGGAUCUGAAGGAGAUGUGCGUGAUCCUGGAGGAGGAGUGCGCCGGCAGGAGCGACUGCAGUCCCGGCGGCUCCUCGGAGCUGCGCGGCCUCAUGGGCAUGGUGGUCCGCGACCUGGGCGACGGAAGCUCCAGCACCGGGAGCGUCGGCAGCCCGGAUCAGCUCCACCUCGUCUGCUCACCGGACGACUGACCCUGGGCUUGGAAGGCAGAACCGGCGAACAAGAGACGUUUUGACACCAAUACACACACACACACACACACACACACAGAAAAUAUGCAGAACAACCCCAAUUUUAUAGAAGAGGAAGCACGAUGUUAAUGUUGAAUGGCAUGUUUACUAUUGUAAGGCUACGUUUGGACUUUUGCUAUAAUGUGAACUGAAGGAACUAGUAGCCUAUUUCAAUAUUUAGAUUUGACAAAACAGCAACACCAUGGUUGUUGUAAUGGGAUUAUGAUGUUUCGGGAACUAGUUGAUAUGCUUUGUUAUGGUAUUUUCGGUGAUGGGGUUUCAUUACGGAGGGAUGGGUUGAUCUAUUGGGAACGCAAAUCUAAGUUUCAACACUGUUGCACUGCACUGUUCUGUACUACUUGCACAGACUCACUGUAAUGUUUCAGGGCUCUCCCAGACGAGUGGGGUUUAUAUGCGCCGUGUGAGAUGCGUGCCGUUUGGCACGGGACCUGGCCGCGGUGCUGAACCGUUGACCGAGUCGGAGACAAACGUUUCCCGAAGUGCGCUCAAGACAGCGAACAUUCACGGCUUACCUUUGCGGCAAAAUGUUGAACUUUUAAAUUAACAUUCCAUUUAGUUCGCCACCAACGCCUUUUUAAUACAAAUGGAUGCGAUGCGACGAUACCAGCUAGCUGAUUCGUUGCUUACAAACACAUAUUAGCCUACAUAGAACAAAUAUUACAUUGAUUAAAGCAAUGGUCUCCAACCAUGAUCCUGGAGAGCUACAGGGUCUGCUGGUUUUCGUUGUUACUCUGCACUUAAUCCGUUAGAGCAGUUGAUUACACAGUUAACUCACCUCACCUGGUUCUCAACGGAGUACUGAUUUUAAGGUAAAGACUGAUCCCAGAAGCCCCACUUUCCAGAACCAGGGUUGGAGACCACUGGAUAAGUGUAUUUAUAACAGCCAAAUAAUUGUCACCUGCCAAUUGUUCUCUCCGCAGUUUCCAUAUCAGAGGUCAUUUUUGUUCGCCGCGCACUACCCUUUCAGGUAACGUUAGCUAACGUUCGUGGCGAAGACAAAAUUUCGAAUAUGUUGGCGAACAUCAGUUACCGUUUGCCGUCUUGAACGCACGUCUGAUUCACAGUGGUGGCGCGCGGAGCUCAGGCUUAAUUCUCAGGCAACGAUUUAAAACAUAUACACGUGCCUGUAUUGUUUUCACACGUCUGUCAGCUUAUUCUUAGUAUUUUAGACAACGAAAUGAUCCUCUGGGACUUGGGUUGCCAGCCUAUCUUAGGAAGUUAUCCGCCAUCGUUCUCUCAAUCAAGGACAUUAUCUUUGUGGACGAGGAGGUCGAAUUCCCCAGGAAAAUCAACAGUCGCCUCGCUCGGACUCACAGAUACCUUUAGCGUUUCUACGGGCAUUUAUUCUGGAUGAGGCUCAGGUCCCCACACGCCAGGAGAAAUUAUGUUAGAAAACCUUUUUUUCAGAAGUUAAAGCCUGGCAGGUUUGCCUACGGAAAAGGCUUUUUGUGAUUGUUUUAUUGUUUACAUUUGGUUUGAUGAGCCAUGGCUAUUGACGGGGGACAACGAAGCACACUGUCUUGUGAGUACAAAUCAGCACCCCAAAAUCAGCACCCCAAACUCAACACCCCAAACUCAAGCACAGUUUGCUUUCUUUUGGUGUAAUACAUUGGAUGGCCGGAGGGGGCGUACUCCACAGCGGGACAGAGCCUUUGAAUUUGAGUCUGAAGGUUUUUUUUAAUUCAUUGCAGCCCCACCGAAACUGAUAGUUGCCAUGUUUGCAUGACACCAGGUUUUUUUUUAAUCAAUCUAUGUAUUUAUGCUAUUUAUAAUGUAUGCAAAAAAACUGCGUAAUUUUACAAGACAAGUUCAAUAAAACGGACCUCUCAAA